UUCACAACAAUUUCAAUCAACAAGACACUUUUAACAGCAAUUCUGAUGGUCAAAACAACAUGAUUCAAAUGGGUGCCAGUAAUAACCAAAAUCUUAAUCUCGUUCUUCAUCCAAAUGAACAAACAAAAUUUACUGAUUCAACUCUUAUUCAAACCACUGGAGACGAUAAUCUUCAUGAAAGUGUUGGCUCUAUUAACUUCACUCAUGGAAGUUUAGUUCAGGAUAAUUUUAUUCAACAAAGUUCUUCUAAUAAUAAUUCUGCCAGUCAAAACAGUAUGAUUCUAACAGGUGUCAAUAAUAACAAUGACAACAACAUGAGCACUACUUAUCAAAGUGAUCAAAUA